AAGAUAAACCUCAAAACAAAGUAUAAAGUUUAACAAAAAAAUAAUGAAGACAUUAAUUGUGAAGUGUUUCCUUCUAUUGGCUUUUGUAUGUAGCUGCAAAGCAGCAGAUUCAAUAUGGCAACUCUGCAACACAAACUCAAACAUCUCAGCAAGCAGCCAAGUCUCCAAGAACAUCGAUUCUCUUCUCGCAACGCUUGUCUCAAAGACUCCUUCACAAGGUUUCGUGACCACAACUUCUUCAAGUUACAACAAAAAAGAGAAAGUGUAUGGACUUGCUCAAUGUAGAGGAGAUAUCAGCAAGACCGAUUGCUCCACGUGUAUCCAAGACGCGGCCAAGAAAAUCCGUGAAGUGUGUCCGAACCAAUCUGACUCAAGGAUCUUGUACGAUUUCUGCUUCUUACGUUAUAGCCAAGAGAAUUUCAUAGGGAAGCUUGAUACUGGCGCUGGUCUUAUAUACUUCAACGUCGCUAACGUAACCGAAACUGACCCCAAAACGUUUGACAAUGAGCUUGGAGCACUCUUUGACAAAAUUAGGUCUGAGGCUGUUUUGCCUAAGAGUCAAGGUUUAGGUAAAGGUAAGACAAAGCUGACACCUUUUGUGACACUAAACGGUUUGGUUCAAUGCACAAGGGACUUAAGCGCUUUGGAUUGCGCUCAAUGCUUUGCAACUGCGGUCGGGAGCUUCAUGACAACUUGCCACAACAAGAAGGGAUGUCGUGUUUUGUAUAGUAGUUGCUAUGUCCGGUACGAGUUUUAUCCGUUUUAUUUCCCUCUUGAUCCGGCUAAAACCGGUCCUAGUGUUGGUAGAAUUUCUUCCGUUCGUCUCUCUCCCUAAUCACAAAGUCUAAUAAAAGAGUAAGUUUGAC